GUCUGCAGAUACUGUGGAGUAAGUUACCUCAUCCACAAUGAAAUAAAGAUUCUAGAGGAGAAACUGAAAGAUGCAGAAAAGGAGCUCGCCUUCUUCAGAGGUCAAGAAAAUAGGGAGGAACUGCUUAAACAGGAAAAUGCUCUUCUAAAACAACAGAAGGAAGAUCUUCAGUUUUCCUUAGAUACACAUUCAAAACUAAUGACUUCUCUUAAUGUUGAAAUUGAAAUGUUGAAAGAGCAGAAUAGAAAGUCAGAAGAAUCAGUUACAUCUUACAGGAAUAAGUACAUGACCUCUCUCAGACAGUUUUCUAACCUUAGUCAGAAUGUGAGGCAGCAAAGACAGUCUCUCCAAGAAAUCAGAGAAAAACUGACCAGGGGUCAGUCAGAUAUGUCAAAAAGCAUGCAGUCCUGCUUAGACUCUGUGAAACAGAUUUGUGACGCUGCAAAAGAAGAAACCAGUGCCUUAGAGUCCAAGAUUAACUGUCUGGAGAUGGAGAAAGUAGUUCUUGCAGAGUCCAAUAAGAAGUUAGCAAGCAGUUUAAAAGAAAAAGAUAUGUUGCUACAACAAGCAGACGUGAAGUCACAAGGUCAAAAUGAAGAACUGCGGGAGCUAGAAAACAGACUGCAAAAUUUUGAUGAACUCUCUAAUUCACUCAGAAAUAUGGAGACAGUUCUAAAUGGUACAAGAAAAGAUCUUGAAGAGAGCAAGGCUCAGUGUAGAAUACUGACAGUGGAGUUAGAUCAGUACAAGAUGCAGAUGAGAAAUAAAACAGCAGAAAUAAAUAACAUCACUAGCAUGAAAACUCAACUGGAACAUACACAUGAAAUAGCCAUACAGAGACUCAAUUUGGAAUUCAAAGCUAAAGAACAUGAGCUUGGCUCUUGUAUAAAACAGCUGAAGACUUUGGAAAGCCAGUGCCAAGAAUACCAGAAGAAAGAAAAUGAAACAGCACAGCAAAGCCGGCUUGGCCUCAAUGAAAUUCAAGAGCUCCGGGAGUCCUUGCUGAGGGUGAAGUCAGAAAAUGAAGCUCUGAAGGCAGAAAGGGAAAUGAUGAUUGAAGCACAUCAGAAUAGAAUUGAGGAUUUAAGGGACAGUUUCAAGAACAAAAUGGCAGAAGCAGACGCAUGGCCAGAGAAGCUUCAGGCUGAGCUAUCAGCUGAGAAAGGUCGACAUCUAGCAGAAAUGAAAGCUCUUGAAGAUGGCCUCAAACACAACUUUGUAUUGGAGCUGCAGAUAGAAAAGGACAAGUACAACGAGCUGCUAAAAAAGUUUCAGGCUCAGGAAAAGGAUAAAAAUAACUUGAGGGAAACACAGCAAGUUCUCCUUGAACAAAAGUACAAACUGGAAAUUGAAGAAUUCCAUCAUCAGAUUGGAGAUAUUAAGAGAAAAGGACAAGAAAGAGAAGCUGAACUGGGAAAAGAAAUCACCAGCUUGAAGAAGAUUAUUAGUGACUUACAAGAUCGUCUUGCCCGAUUAGAUGGAGCUGAUUCCAGCAAACUCACAGAAAUUAAAAGUGAUUUAUCUAAAACAAGACAAGAGCUAGCAGAUGUGUUAAACAACAUGUCUUUGUUAGAAGGGAAGCUGAAAGAAGCUACAACAGAAAAUGAGUUUUUACAGAAUGUUGUAAGAAAGGAAUGUGAAGAAAGAUACGAACUGACGGAAGCUUUAAGUGUAGCCAGAAAAGAGCUGCUAGAACUGAAGAAACCUCUAGGAGGAUAUUCAAGUGCCCAAAGAAGGUCCAGCACAUCGGGCAGUAAUUCUGUCAGUCAGUUCUUGCCAAGUCCACCUCAAGGGUCAGUGCCACCUGAAGAUCCUACCCAGAAGCUGCGGACACCACUAUCCACUAAUAAUGUUAACCUCAGUUAUAAUGGUCAAAUAAGCAGAAAGAAUAGUGGUAGCAGUUUAAGCAGUGAGAAAACAGAUGAUGCAGAGAUAAUGAAGAAUCGACUGAGGAUAGCUAGCAUGAUGGGAAGGCAUUCGUGA